UUUUAAAUGGAUUCUAAAACAAGAUAAUAAGCUGCUUGGUUGACUCUAAUAUCAUCAGCAGUGAUAGGAGGAUCAUUUUAUUAUUUUUCAUCUCAAGAAGAAUUAUAUGGUAAAAUACAAAAAAUAUUGAAAUAUUAAUAGAGAGCGAAGAUUGCCUUAAGUUGAGAAACUACGCUCAUAACUAUUCAAUUUUUUGCAUAACUUUUGCGAUUUUUAUAAUGUUAAUUUUGAGAUAACUUUUAUAGAUUAAUAUGGGUGACAUCAAAAUUGAUUAAAGAUGAAGGUUGCAAUUCAGGUAUUGAUUGCAUACAGCUAUUAUCUGGAAUUGUUGGGGUUGUUUUUAUAAUUUUAUUUGCAGUAAUUAUUCAAUUAUUAAGAUAAAAGUAUGGUCUUUACUUGUAAGAGCCUUGUGGUGAGCUUAGAACAUUCACAGUAAUAUAUCUAAUAAUUAUAUCAAUUUUAUUUUGUUGUGGAUGUUGUGGGAUGUGUUGUGCUUUGGGAUCAUUAAAAUAAUGA